AUGGCACUGCAGCAGAUGUCUGGAGCGCGGGCUGCAUCAUGGGGGAGCUGCUGUGUGCGUUUCCUUUGUUUGCUGCUGACAAGGAGGCUGCAGUGCUGCGCCAGAUCGCGGAGAUUUGGCCCAACUUCGCCAACAAGCCCCCAGCCACGCCUGGAAACAAAUUUCGGGCCUGGGCGCCCUCUGGGGGCCCCCGGGGGGCCCCCGGGGGGGCCCCAGUGCUGCUGCAGGGGGCCCCUCACAAGGCUCUUGAGUUUCAAAAUAUCAUCAAACAUAAAAACCAGGCGGGCGAGGAGGGUUGGGACCUUCUGUCCAAACUGCUCGCGUGGAAUCCAAGUGAGCAGCAGCAGCAGCAGCAGCAGCAGCAGCAGCAGCAGCAAAAACAGCAGCAGCAAAAGUACCGAAAACAACAGCAGCAACAGUCGCACGGCCAGCAGCAGCAGCAGCAGCAGCAGCAGUAG